AUGACCGCGGCCGCCGCCUCCAACUGGGGGCUGAUCACGAACAUAGUGAACAGCAUAGUAGGGGUCAGUGUGCUCACCAUGCCCUUCUGCUUCAAACAGUGCGGCAUUGUCCUGGGGGCCCUGCUCCUGGCUUUCUGCUCCUGGAUGACGCACCAGUCCUGCAUGUUCCUGGUGAAGUCCGCCAGCCUGAGCAAGCGGAGGACGUACGCCGGCCUGGCGCUGCUCGCCUACGGAAAAGCGGGGAAGAUGCUGGUGGAGACCAGCACGAUCGGCCUGAUGCUGGGGACCUGCAUGGCCUUCUACGUUGUGAUUGGCGACCUGGGCUCCAACUUCUUUGCUCGGCUGUUUGGGUUUCAGGUGACCGGCACCUUCCGCGUGUUCCUGCUCUUUGCUGUGUCCCUGUGCAUCGUGCUCCCACUCAGCCUGCAGAGGAACAUGAUGGCCUCCAUCCAGUCCUUCAGCGCCAUGGCCCUUAUCUUCUACACCGUGUUCAUGUUCGUGAUGGUGCUCUCCUCCCUCAAGCACGGCCUGUUCGGCGGGCAGUGGCUGCAGCGGGUCAGCUACGUGCGCUGGGAGGGCGUCUUCCGCUGCAUCCCCAUCUUCGGCAUGUCCUUCGCCUGCCAGUCCCAGGUUCUGCCCACCUACGACAGCCUGGAUGAGCCGUCGGUGAAAACCAUGAGCUCAAUAUUUGCCUCCUCCCUCAAUGUGGUCACCACCUUCUACGUCAUGGUCGGCUUCUUCGGCUACGUGAGCUUCACUGAGGCCACCGCGGGCAACGUGCUGAUGCACUUUCCCUCCAACCUGGUGACGGAGAUGAUGCGAGUGGGCUUCAUGAUGUCGGUGGCUGUGGGCUUCCCCAUGAUGAUCCUGCCGUGUCGACAGGCCUUGAACACGUUGCUUUUUGAGCAGCAGCAGAAAGACGGGACCUUCGCGGCUGGAGGCUACAUGCCGCCUCUGCGGUUUAAAGUGCUCACCCUCUCAGUCGUGUUCGGGACCAUGGUCGGCGGGAUCAUGAUCCCAAACGUGGAGACAAUCCUGGGCCUCACGGGCGCCACGAUGGGAAGCCUCAUCUGCUUCGUCUGCCCGGCUCUGAUCUAUAAGAAAAUCCACAAGAACGCCCUUUCCUCCCAGGUGGUGCUCUGGGUCGGCCUGGGCGUCCUGGUGGUCAGCACGCACACUACGCUGUCCGUGAGCGAGGAGGCUCCUGUGGACGUGGCCAAGGAGGCCCUGGCUGGCCGGCUUGAAGAGGCUGAGGGCGUCAUAAAGGCAGAGGCGGCCCGGCUCCCAGGCCAGCACCCGAUCGUGGACGAGGCUGAGGACGGCCGAGAUAAGCCGAAGCUGCCAAAUGAGAAAGAUGAGAUGGAGCAGGCCCAGAUCAAGGGCCCUGUGAACGUGCCCCCGAGGGAAGACGCCAAGGAGAAACAGGAGGAGGUGCAGCUGCACCGCCCUGGCCAAGGUGUUGCGGUGCCGAUGGGCGAGGCCCACCGCCACGAACCCCCUGUCCCUCAUGACAAGGUGGUGGUGGACGAAGGUGAAGACCAGGAAGAACGGGAGGAGAAUGAGCGUCCGUCCAAGCACGUGGAUGAGAAGGCUCUGGGCGGCAAGGCUCAGAUGGCACCGCCUCUGCCAGAUUCGGGAAGAGAGAGACCCAGAGACGACCAGGGCUUGGAGGCAGCAGGGGGUCUCCCUGAAGACCCCCAGAAGGUUCCAGAAGAAAAUGUGCAGCCAGCCAUCGAGCCUGUGAAGGAGGACCAGGGGCCAGGCGACAGGGGUCUGCAUCCAGGGCCCCAGGCACUGCUCCCUGAGGGGCAGGACGCCCCGGUGGCGGGUGCAGGGGAGAGAGCAGGCGGGAUCCCACCCCCAGGCCUGGCUGCAGGGGCUGCGGACGAGCUGCCGGAGAAGAGUCAGCCCGGUGGCAAGGCUCCCCUCCCGGUGAAGCUGCCCCCUGAGCCUGGGCCGCAGGCAGAGCUGCGGGAACAGAGGAACGCAGAGGGCCAGGGCGCAGGCCACGCGGGCAGCAAGCUGGAGGCUGAAAUCAAAAAGAUAGUAGCAGAAGCCGGCCGGGCGGAGAUGCUGGACCACGCCGUCCUGCUGCAGGUGAUCAAGGAGCAGCAGGUGCAGCAGAAGCGGCUCCUGGACCAGCAGGAGAAGCUGCUCGCGGUCAUCGAGGAGCAGCACAAGGAGAUGCGCCAGCAGAGGCAGGACGGCGAGGAGGCCGAAGUGCCGCCUGAGCCCGGGGUGGCGAAGGAGCAGGAGGCUCCUGGCGAGGAGACCGUGGAGCGGCCCCCCCAGCAGCCUUUGGAACCCGCGCCCGGAGGUCCGGGGCAUCCCCCUGCUCCUCCUCAGGGGCACGGCCAGCGCUCCGUGGAGGAUCCCGUGGGGGCCGCAGGCAGAGCUCCGGCGGGUCCUCCUGGCGCAGCCGACGCGGAGCCCCGGGCAGCCCUGGCUGAGCAGAGGGAGGGCCAGCAGGGCGCCGGCGCGCAGGAGCGCGAGCCCGUGCCUGGCCCGGCCGGGGUGCCCGGGAGCCCAGAGAAGCCCGUCGCCGGCGAAUUCCCAGGGCGGCGUCAGGACGUUCCCGGCGGAGGCUCCCACGAAAGGAGGAAAUCCAGAAAAGAGGUGGCGGCCGCUGGUGCCGGCGUCCCGGAGGCAGAUGAGCCGGAGGCAGGAGAGAUGGGUGCCCCGCGUGUGAAGCUGCAGCCGGUCAGCCGCGACCAGGCGCCUGCAGGCGCGGCCAGCAAGUCUGGAGGAGCAGCCGCUGGGGCCCAGGCCGAGAGCCGGCAGCUGGAGCCCCGGGCUGUCUCUGCGCUGGGUCAGGGUGGGCAGCUGGGCGGCCACCCGGAGGCCAGAAGGGAGGCCGCCGGCGGGGACCGUGCGCCUGCUCGGGGGGAGGACGCUGCCGUCCAAGAACUUGAGCAGAGGCCAAACCCAGACCUCCGGCCCCAACCAGCCAUCCCCGGGGCCGAGAAGCCAGACUACGCCAAACCCAACCGAGACCUGAAAGUGCAGGCCGGUUCUGACCUUCGGAGGAGACGGCGGGAUGUGGCCUCUGGGCCAGGGGGGGCCCCAGCCACGAAGGACAGGGUCAUCAUCAGCUUCCACCCCCUCCCGGACGUGCAGGUCAAUGAUCUCCGCAGCGCCCUAGAGACCCAGCUCCACCAGGCCGCGGGGGGCGCUUUGCGGGUGGUCCAUGGCCGCCAGAUGAAGCAGCUGGCCGAGGGCCUGGAGGACCCAUGAGCGCCUGCUCAUGGCCACUGUCCUGGGGUGCUGGUGUCACCCAGCCGUGCCAGGACCACGUGGGCGCCGCGUUCCAGAGGACACACCGUGGGUGGGAGUCCGCAGGGCCGCUCACUGCGGCCUCGUCCCCAGACAGCCUGUGCCUUUGCCGUCCCCCAUCUUGUCCAAGUGACUGAGCUCACCGUGGCCUCGGGGAGAAAGCCACUUGCCCAGACUCGGACGCUGCCGCGUCCACCUGGGGCCUCAAGAGGCCGGCGGGGAACCGCCGCCCCGACAGGGACUUGGGGUGUGAGCCCCCAGUCCGCCAGACUCCCAGUUGCUUUACAUGUUCGUUGUUCACAUGAUGUUGAGUGUUGUAGAAACUCCCCAAUGCACACCGCCUCCACCCGGCUGCUCGGCGGACACCGCUUCGUGUCUGGGGCGCACUGGGCCCGGGGCCACCCCUGGGGUCGGAAAGCUGCCUGGGCGCACAGCCACCCCUGCCCCUUCGAGGUCUGCUCUGCGCUCCCUGCAGUUUCCCAAACCAGAAAGUUGUUUUAAGCAUAACCGAUAGUGUGGCGUCUGGUUAGCAGAGCUGUGGCAUCGAGGAGCCCGUGGCCAGGGUAGGGCUGCGACAGGCGGUCAGGGAAGAGCACCUACUGACCAAACCUCACAGGUGACACGGGAGCCGGAGCCGGAGCCCACGCAGCCCCCGAGAGACCCUGUAAGCAGGCGGGGCGGCGUUUUGUUUUCAGGGAACAGAAAAGCCGGAGGCCGCCCCCAGAGGCUGGUCAGGGCGCGGGUGUAACUGGCACGUGCGGUGGGCCGUCCACCUUCAAGCCCAGGCCAGCUCUGUCCCACGUGUGCGUGUGUGUGUGCCCCAGACCCUGCCGCCAGGGGCCCCGGUGCAGCCACUCACCGACCACGAGCUGCAGGUGCCCGGGCAGGCGGGAGGCCCACCGCUGCGGGCAGGUCCGGCCGCAGCUUCGUGUGACCUCCCUGCACCUUCAAAAUUGGGUCAUUUCCUGUGUCCAAGGACCAGAAGCAAAUAAUAAAAAAGGUGGAGUCUGGA